AUGUCAUAUCACUCGGGUUCAAGCUCGGGCCAGACGCACUCCAGUUCAGGCGCCGGCUCGGAUCGUAUGUUCUUCAGAGUAGGCUCAAGCCAAACCUCUUCAAGGUCAGGUUCAAGUCGUUCGUCAGUGAGCACGAAUCCAAGUCGAGUAUUCUCCAACUCAAGCUCGACUCGUUCGUCAGCAAGCACAAAUUCAAUCCGCACAUCUGGCAGCUCGGUCUCAAGCCAAAUGUCUUAUGGCUCAAACUCAAACGGAAGAUCAUCCAAUUCAGGCUCAAUCCAAUCAACGGUCAACGGAUUAGAACCUCACAUUAAUGCCAGAAAGCACGCAAAAAGACAACAUAAGAUAGAUGGCUGGUCUGGCCCGCGGCUUAAGGAAGAUCCACGCGUAAAAGUAUAUGCUGAUAAGAAGAGUGAUCAAAUGGAAAGGAAGGCUAGGGCGGAGAGAAAGUUUCAGUCGGAGAUGAGGAAGAAGGAAGGUUUUUACAUUGAGGAUGAUAUGGCAUAA